CAUAUCUCUGACUUUUGCUCAUGCUCUCACUGUAAGCUGUCUCAGGAUUAAUUGUGAGUGAGCAUUGUGCUUGUGAUGUGUGAUUGUUGGAUUUUCUUGAGGUAACUAAUUAGCAGGCAGUUUUCUCAACAUGAUGUCACACAUGCCCAGGCGAAUCUCUACUUUUCUUCAAGUGAGACACUUCAAAGAAAUUAGCAGAGGGAAAAAGACAAAAGGCAAAACAAAACUGUCAUAUGGAAAACAUAAGGAUGACCCGACGGAAAUUGCCCUGAAACAUUUCGACCAAAACUACCGGCCACUGUUUGGAGACCAGUGGCCGUCUAUUCGCCUGGCCUUGCUUUCCAUGCAGAGCUCAGGGGCUCUCCUCAACAAUUACAGUGACGUGCAAGAGACAGUGGACAGGCUGCAUUCGAUAGGUGUGGAAGACUUUGUUCAGCCGCACGCAGGAGAUGUCAAACGCCUCAGGAUAAAGAGGGAAACUAAGCCUGGGAGAUUGAGAGGAGGGGUUGAGGACACCCCUGAGGAUGCCCCUGAGGAUGCCCCUGAAAAUGGAAACGGAGCGGUAGAGGAAUCCAUCAGCAAUCCAGGAAGCACGGGGUUGGAUGAUCUUGAGGUAGCACGGAAGCUCCAGGAGAGAGAAAUGUUAGUCAGAGCAAGAGAUGAAGAUGAGUUGGAGGAAGGAGGAGACUUUGGAAUGGGGGAGCUCGAAGUCAGAGAAUCGAGGCAGCCAACAAAACCGUGGUGGGAUGGCAGAUACAUUGUUGCCACCGGUUACGAGCACAGAAUGGACCUCGUUCAGCAGCUUGAGCUGGAGGAAAGAGGCCACAGUGAGCUGGUGUCCGAACCCUCUGGGGCUAACCCAAUCAAAGUCAUGGAUGCUGAUCUUGAGAUAAGUCCCCACUUGAGAUGCUUCAUGAACAAGUCGUCUUUCAAGAGGCUGCCUCAGGCGAAGAGGGGUAGUGAGGAACCAAAUCUUCAGUAUUAUAUCAUGGAUCCAGCUUCGGUCCUCCCGGUGUUGGCAAUGGAUGUUAGAACAGAUGAUGUGGUCCUGGACCUUUGUGCUGGACCAGGAGGGAAGUCAGUUGCAAUAUUACAGACCAUGCUGAUUAGUACCCUGACAGCCAAUGAGAAAGUACUAUCCCGGAAACGACGUUUGCAGGAAGUACUUGGCCUGUGCUUACCUAGGAGUAUCAGAACCAGUGGAGCAAUCCGGGUGUCUGGGUUAGACGGGUGUGAAUGGGGUCAGAUAGAACCAAUGGCGUAUGACAAGGUAUUGGUGGAUGUCCCAUGCUCCACAGACAGAGUGUCUGCAACCCAAGCAGACAACAACCUUUUCAAAGUGAGUCGAUCAAGAGAAAGAUGGGACCUGCCUGAACUUCAAACAGACCUUCUGUGUGCUGGUCUCCAGGCUGUCAAACCAGGAGGGACCGUUGUCUACUCGACCUGCACCAUGUCACCCCUACAAAACGAUGGAGUAGUCCAAAAUGCCAUCACAAGAUGCCAAGAGGAGUUCAACAUCAGUACGAGCGUAGCUGACCUUUCACCUUUAGCAAGAGCCUACCGGGAUGUCUUCAGCUUCUUCCCGAACUGCCGAUAUGGGCAGCUUGUUGUGCCCAGAAUAUCGGCUAAUUAUGGACCCAUGUAUUUCAGUCGACUGAUAAGGACUCGAUAGCAUGACAAAUGAACAGUAUUUCUACAUUUCCAUCUUCUUGUACUAUGCAGCCAUGAUGAAUUGAAUUAGUUGAUGUUGUUAGGUCUUAGAACACAAUCUUGUUGUGACCGGAAUAACAACUAAUUAUGGACCCAUAUAUUUCAGUCCUUUGAUAAGGACCCGAUAGCAAGACGAAUAGUUCACCAUAUCAACAGUACAUUUGUGUAUUUCUACAUUUCCAUGUUCUUAUACUAUGCAGCCACUGUGAAUUGAAUCGGUUGAUGUCGUUAUGCCUUAUAACACAAUCUUGUUGUGCACAGCAUAACGGCUAAAUAUGCCGGACCCAUGUAUUUCAGUCGACUGAUAAGGACUCGAUAGCAAGACAAAAAGUUCACCAUAUAAACAGUAUUUCUACAUUUUCAUCUUCAGCAC